AUAUGCAAAUGAUACAAAAGAAACCCUUGAAACAGAAACUGAUUUUCUUCGAAUCAGGUUGAUCUUCUGAAUUUCUCAUUGGGGGGAAAGAAUUCAGAAUAUUCAUAAAAUCCCAAGUUUUUUCCACUCAAUUCAAGCCCAUACGUCUUCUUGCUUUCCCCCCUUCGAUCCCUUAUUCAACCCUUUCGAUAUCAUUUUUCUCUUUCUGUGUUGACAUCAACUUAUUGUUAUAAGGAAUUCUCUUGUGUAAAUUUUAGACAAAACGGUAUUUUGUUUGUUGAAAAUACGGAUAGACUAUAGAGAGCGUAUGUUCAAAUUAUUAUGCACGCGUUUAAAUAAUGUUCUCAUGCUGUGGAGAUGGUAAAGAGGACUCCACUCACGAUACAAACGCAAGUAAAGCUAAAACCGCGCAACCGAAAGGGCCCACUUAUGGAGGAGGAGGUAGUAAUAGAGGAGAACCAAGAAGUAGUGGAGCAGUUAGAAGCGGGGCCCCUCAAAAGGCCUUACCGAUUGAAGCACCAAAACUGUCAUUGGUUGAUUUAAAACAGAUGACUGGUAACUUCGGUUCACGUGUUUUGAUUGGAGACGGUUCUUAUUGUCAAGUUUAUUAUGGAAAGUUAAGUGAUGGGCAAGAAGCAAUUAUCAAGAUGUUGGAUACCAGCUCUUCUUCCCCCGAGCCCGACACUGAUUUUACCAACCAGGUGAGAGUUUCGGUUUCUUAUUUGUUAGCAAUGAUAAAAGUAUCUACGUAAGGGUUUUUGGGGAAAAAGAUACUUGUUUAUAUUGAGAGGUUUAAGUCAUAGAAACAAGGUUCAAGUAUGCAGCUUACGGAGGGUGUUUGGAUGUGCAUUUUGAAACUGAUUAUGUGAUAUUGAGUAAUUAUAAGAGUAAAGUACAUGGAUGGUCCCUGUGGUUUACCAAAAUUUUGGAUUUGGUCUCCAGCAUAGUUGUUAAUGGUGCAUAGCGACAUGGUACCUGUAUGCUACAUAGCAAAUAGCCAUACACUAUAUGUAUAUUAUAUAAAAAUACCAUGGUAUAUACGCUAUUUUACAUGUAUAUGUAACAAAAACCUAAAUUCCAGCAAGAUGUUACAAUACUGAUGACGGUGUACGCUAUGGGGGCAAUGUUUCUUGCAUCAAGAUUCAAAAUUCUAUUUUGUGAUGUUUCUAUUGAAACACUUGUGUUGAUUUUCAUGUAUAAAUUGUUAA